UUUCGACUGCGCGCAGUCGAAUUCCAUCUAGUUUUCUCAUGUUUUGUAAGGUGGUCCUCAAAAUAAUUUCAAUCAGCCAAAGUGGGCCUGGAGAUUAUAAAGGUUAAGAAGCGGCUGAAGGGGUGUUAUAAGAUACAGAAAUAUGAAGCGCACUAUGCUCUAUUUGCCCUUGCAGUUUACUGUGACAUAUUUGACCAAGGUUUUAGCUCUUGUGAUCUCUGAAAUCAUGUAUUUUUGUCGAGUACCACUUCAUCUUGUAAGAUUCUGCUAUUGUAUGUCAAAGGACAGAGAUGAGCCGUUCUUGAAUCUGCAUACACGUAUGUUUAUACUUGAUUGUUACUUCUUAUCUGUUCACAGAAAAAAAAUGGAGUAGAAUCAGUAGAGUUGAAUUCUUCUUCAACUCUUUUUCCCUCCUGAAAUGUCUUCCUCCCCUAUCACUUACAGUAUCUUCUCAUCCUUUGUUUCCUUGUCACAUUCCAAAUUAAUUUUACAUUUCAUGUCUCUUGUAAUCCCCAGGAAAUGCAGCAGCUUCUACGUCUUCAGGAGACGGUGCCACUGGUGCCUCUUCCUCCACGUCUUCCUCCCCCUCCAAGAGAGUCCGAAUAGCUGUGGGAGGCGUACCUGUUACCAUGCCGACCCCUCCCCCAUUCCAGUGCAAUCUAGACACCAUCCAACAUGUAGAUUGCUCGUGCUGUGUACAACCUAUGCCAAAGAGACUCCUAGCACCAGAUAUGCCUCCUCAGACAUGCUGUGCCUGUGGAAGGAACUAUUGUCAUUUGUACUGGGGAUGCAAGCAGUACAACUGCUUGGGAUGUCUCAACAAGUUCAAAGAUAUGAAGUUCAGUGAGAGUGUACUGGAUACUAUAGUAAACAACAACAGAUAUGAAUCAACCAUAUUUAAAGAUUUCAUGUUGUCGAGGGGUCACAACAAUAUUCAUCUUGUUCUACAAGAAGUAUUGAAUGGACUGGACGCUGGCAAAUUUUCAACACCUGAGACUCAAGUCUAUAAUAUUAGAGGGCACACCGCAGUUUGCUAUACAUGUUCCUUGAGGCUGUUUCAACAGCUGGCUUACCUCUAUAGAGCAGGCAUUCCAAAGAAUGAUCUACCAAUUCUAGUAACAGCCAGGCCGGACUGCCACUGGGGGAAGGGCUGCAGAACACAGUUCAACAAGCCACAUCAUGCUGCGAACUUCAGCCAUGUUUGUGAUCAAGUUCGAUUCUGAUUAUGGGUCGUCCUUUGCUGCUGCCAUGGAGCGGGUCAUUCUUGUCUAGUCAACAUCUGCUGGAGUGCACUUCUAUUGGUGACCUUUGACCUUGGGAGUAGAGUGAUGAGUGUUUAUAACUUCUCCAAAGAAGGGUUACUUUGCUCUCUAGUACUUUUGAGAACAGGCUGUUUUAUUUUUGUCAACAAUGUAUACCUCUUUUACUUGCUAAGAGUUGAAUAGGUGCUUGUUUCAUAUAUAAAUGUAUGAGUCUCCAAAGCUGGUUUCUUUCCUCUAUGAAUGCUAUACUUCUCAAGUGAAACCGCAAUUCCGUUACAGAUUUUUACUUUUUAUACUUUUACAUGAGAAUAUAUCUCUCACAUUAAUGUAAAUGCUGUAGUACAGCGUUUUUGAAACCUCUCAUAGUCAUGGCACCUUUUUAAGAAAUGAAACAUUUCGUGUCACCAGAAUCCCAAAGUCAUCGUCGAAGAGUCAAUUUGCAUCACUCUCUGGCUUUCUUCAUCUUGCUACAGGUUUCAAUCGCUCUCCCUGGAUGGUGUUUCACAAAGCCAUUUUUCAAUGACAAAUGACAAAAAUCAGUGACAAAUCUGCUGAUAACCAAUCAGAAGCAAGGAUUUCAGUAGCUUAUAACAAAAACUGUCAUUUGUCACUGAUGACAAGUUUUGUGAAACGCCCCCCUGGUGUAACAAUUGAUGAUGAACUUGUUGGUUCUAAUUCAAAGUCUGCUUCGGGAGCUUUCCUCUUCUUGUCUGGUUUAUUUUAUAAACACUUUUGAAUUCAUGCGGCACUGUCAAAACACUCAAAACCAUACAGAACAAUAAAUUUGGUAUUAACAUGUGAUCAUAAACGUUCAUAUAACUUUGCCCGCACAUUUCUGAAUUCACAAUGCACAAUCCACAUUAUCUAGUGUGAAGAGCAAUAAAGAUAUUUUACAAAGUCCCUUUUCCUUCAUACAUUACUUUCAUUUUCCACAGGCAUGUAGUUGCUGUAAUAGAACUAUCCGAUGUGAUUAAUGGACAUUAAUAUCUUCUUGCACAGUAGCUAUCAGUAUGUAAUGUACCUGUAUUUAGCAGCCAACAUUGAUUAAGAAUAACAUUUCAUGUCAUUUUUUAUUAUAAAGCGCUUUGUGAAACGGUUAAUGUAAAGAGCGGCAAAGUGAUUUAUAAAGCCCUUUUUCAUUCCCUCCUUUCAUGUUGUACGGGCAUCCGGUGUUUAGUUUUUGGAGUGUUUUAUGGCAUGUCUUGUGCUAAUGAUGUGGGGUACAUUAGCAAAUGAAAAUCGAUUUAAAGACAAUGUUGAUAACUAGUCAUGCAAUUUCAUAUGAAAUACAAAGUCUAGAAGUUAUUGGGAAAAUUAUGAUUACUGUAUGUAGUGAUUAUUAACUAUUUUUUGAGGUUUUGGAAUCAUCCAAAUGAUUUCAAGUUUACUGAAUUUUGCUGGAAACAAUGCACAUUGAAAAGAAUUGCAUACAUACAUGUACAAGGGAGUGUAUAUUCUGUUGUAUCAAAUGAUCUCCAAAGUUUCUAGAAACUAUCUCUUGUCUUAUAUGUGAAACAUGGGAUCAUUUCAAGGGCAAUCCUUUUAGUUGGACAUUGUCCCAAUUAUAGUCAUCAUCAUUGGAAUAGAGCGAAUGAGAAAUCUUGCAAAUGAAUUUCACUGUUAUGAAAACUCCACCGUCUCUUUAAUCACAUUUUAUGACAUGUUUUGUGCUAACGAUAGUGAGUGAAGUAGAUGAAUGAGAAAUGAUGACAACAAAAUGGCCCAAAACUUCCUCACAACUGCCAUCUAUCACAGCUUUGUUUUGACAUAGUGAGAUUGAUGAUGUAUGGAAGUGGCUGGAACAAUGUCAGCAUCAUAAAUCCAGUGUAUUUGGCAUUGCACUGGCAUGGGCAUAAUUCUACAUUAAAGAUAAAUGUAUACCUUCUUAAAUGUGCAAAUGGUAGUAUAGGCUCUGUGGUAUCAUAGCUUCUUUUUUAUUAAAUAGUGUUUACAAAAUUGGCACUGUAUUUUAACCAUGUUCAGGAAGUUGGUAAUUGUAAAUUCAUAUUUUGUAUAGAUGUAUAUGUAUAUUCAUCAUUUUUCCAUACAUUAGAAACUACUUAAAAUGUUCUUGGCAAUACUGUUCCUUUAAAGAAUGAUGUGUAUGUUUUUUUGUAAAUCUUGUCUUAUUCUGUAUAAUAACUAGAGAAGGAAUAUAUAUAUUGUUUAGUCCGACUGGAAUGUCAUUUUGAAUGUUGUGUGUAAACUGCUUGUACAUGCAUAUGAUGUGUAAAUUGCUUGUACACAGUUAUAUUGAAGAGUUAUAUUGAAGAAAUCAUAAUCGCAAGAAAUUAUCUUUUGUUAUUGUUGCUGGUGUAAAAAGUACAUUGAUGGUAAUACAAUACAGCCAAUACAACUACUUUAAUACUCUCAUCACUCAUUUGUGUAAGGUAAUGUUGCUUAUUAUGUGUACAUUUGACUUAGGUAUAAUGAAUUAGGAUUGGUAUAAUUCCUGAUUUUGUUUCUUUUUCAAAAAGUACUUAGUUAACUGCAAAUAAAUUAUUCAACUGUCAGAAAGGGGGAGUUGAUUCAUGUUGUAGUACUAUGUAGGGAUUGUUUGAAAUUAAGAUUUUAUUUUAAGAUUGUAUGGAUUCCUCUUCUUUUCAUCAUGAAUUUAUUUUGGUAUAGUUUAGAUUUGAAGUAGAUAUGCUGCACUCAGUCUUUCGUGAUGAAUAAAUCUUGCCUAGUUGAAUACAAUUCAGUUACCCUGGUUUAUUGUGAUACCUGUUGAAUCUUUUGUAUGGUUUGCUUUAAUGUGUGUGUGUGUGUGUGUUGAUGCUUUCCUGAUAUUUAGAGCAAAUAUUUAUACUCUUCCACUUUUAAAAGUCAAUAAAUGAAACAAUCUAAAAUAUA